AUGGCAGUAGAGGACGAACAAGCAAAGUGUCCAGUGGAUUUUACAACUGGAUCUACAUGGAUAUCCAAACUAAUCUGGAAACCCAAAAAGGGAUCUGAAGUUCCUCUACAGCGAACAAAUUUUAACCCGGAUAAUGAACCAUUUUCCAAUCAAGAUCAACCAGUUUGUCCCGUUGAUCACAAAAGUCGACAGGCCUGGCUAGAUAAAGUCUCAGUUAACGUUAUCACUACAGAUGCAAUUGAAGAAACCCCUAUUUCAAGCAAGACAUGCGAUUCGUCAGCUAUAAACAAUACCUUGCAAGACACCACAAUUUCCAAUGUCGAUUUACCUACAGAGAGAGAGAUUAGUUCUAUACCUAGGACCGCGUCAAAUAUGAACUGGAUAUACCCUAGUCAAAAACAAUUUUUUGAAGCAAUGCAGCGUAAAAACUGGAAUCCUGAGUCUCAGGAUAUGAAAGUUAUUGUGCCCAUUCACAAUCUCGUGAAUGAACGUGCAUGGAAACAUAUAAUGAUGUGGGAAAGUCCAAAUUGUGACAAGGCUAUGAAAGAAUGCGGAGGCAUAACGUUGACUUCAUUCAAGGGGGACUCUAAAAGAUUGACUCCAAGAGCCUGGUUCAAACUGAAAAUUGCCGGUCAAGAGCCGCCAUUCGACAGACAUGACUGGACAAUAAACAGGUGUGGCGUCGAAGUAGAGUAUGUCAUUGACUUUUAUAAUGGAGAGAAUAACCAAGUAUGGCUUGAUGUUAGGCCCAAGCUAAAUAGCCUCGAGGGCUGCAAAUUGCGGAUAUUAAGAGCAAUAGCGCCAAAAACAAACUAA